UGAUUCGACAGCUAAGUAGUUAGCAAUGGGAACUAGCACCCGACAGGCUAAUGCAAUCGUCGCGUGAGAAUGAUCUAGUUUGUCUACAAUGCCAAGCAGCAGCUAGCUUUGUGUUGUAUAUUUUGUUUCCAUUGGAGCUUGGCAAACGAACGACACGGAAAACAAAGGGAACCACACCGAAACUGUAAUGGUUGGUGACGGCUGAACAACUCUGUGUUGACAAACCGAUUCUGCUUGCUAAAUUUUAGCUAGGUAACGAAAACGUGAAAGAAAUGUCUCCAGGCGACAACCCUCACAUCCUACUUGGGAGGAUUCGGUUUCUUAACAAGUGUAUUGAAUGUUUUAGGAAGAGUGAACCUCUACCAGAAAGUUUAUGUUAUGUUCCAAAGGAGGUGUGCUAUAAGAUCUGCAAAGAUUCGUCAUCAACCUCUGCUUCGUCGUCUGCUUCAACAACUACUAACUCAUCUGGAAAGACAGUGGUUUCAGUUUGGGAGAGCCCAUAUCAAGCCCCGCACAGCAAGAAAUUAUGCAAGUGUAACAUCGAGCCAAAGAAAGGGACGUGCAUACGAACUACGGGGGAGGAGUACUGUAACAGUCAUGGCCUUUGGGUCAAAAUAAACAAGGAGCAGCUGGAGGAGCAUCGCAGUGGUUUGGAAGUGGAGGAGGGCUGGAUUCUGGUAUGCAAACACACAGAAGGGGGAGACAGACUUGUGCCUGUCGAAUCCCCUGAAACCGUGAGCAGGCAACAGCAGCUUUUUGGCUAUGAUCACAAACCUUGCAACAGAUGGGAGCAGGUUGUGGAUGUGGAAAACGCUUUGCAUAUGGGCACCAAACCUAAAAUUGCAGAGCGAGAUGAGGCGGCCGUCCAGAAGCUCCGAUAUGUUCCCCCAACAUGGACUUUUGAAUGUGAUGAGGAUCUUGUUCAUUACUUCUACGACCACAUCGGGAAAGAGGAUGAGAAUCUCGGAAGCGUCAAGCAGUGUGUGACAAGCAUCGAUGUGUCCUCAUGCUCUGAGGACCCUAGCGGUGGUGCAGGUUGCUUGACCGACGGAGACACAGAGACAUAUUGGGAAAGUGACGGGAUGCAAGGCCAGCACUGGAUCCGUCUGCAUAUGAAGAGAGGCACUGUUGUCAACAAACUGAUUUUAACGGUGGACUCAACUGAUGACAACUACAUGCCUAAAAGGGUGACAGUGUACGGUGGAGAAGGAGAUAACCUGAAGAAGUACAGUGAUGUCACCAUAGAUGACAAUCUAAUUGGGGAAGUGUGCGUCCUAGAAGACAUGACCACUCACCUGCCAGUCAUUGAGAUCAGGAUUGAGGAGUGUAGAGACGAGGGCAUUGACGUACGGAUCCGCGGCUUGAAGAUUAAGUCUUCCUGCGAGCGAGACCUCGGCCUGAACGCCGAUGUGUUCCAGUCACCCAACCUGGUGCGUUAUCCUCGUCUGGAGGGCACUCCCCCUGACGUCCUCUAUCGUCGUGCCCUGGUUAUCCAGAGGUUUAUUACACUUCUGGACAGUCUGUUGCCUCACUUGGUGCCAGCUUGGGAUCACAGCCUUGGAACCUUCAACCAGAUCAAAAGUAUAAAACAGUUCCUGCUGCUGUCCAAGCGCCGUUCUGCCCUCAUCACUCAGUGCCUGAAGGACUCAGAGACCAGAAAACCCAACUUCAUGCCCCGCCUGUACAUCAACCGCCGCCUGGCCAUGGAGCACCGGGACAACCCUACUCUGGACCCCAGCUGCAAAAACGCAGUAUUCACUCAGGUGUACGAGGGUCUCAAGCCGUCCGAUAAAUAUGAGAAAACAUUAGAUUACAGAUGGCCUGCACGGUAUGACCAGUGGUGGGAAUGUAAAUUCAUUGCAGAAGGAAUCAUUGACCAAGGAGGUGGUUUCAGGGAUAGUCUGGCCGACAUGUCUGAGGAGCUUUGUCCCAGCUCUGCUGAGUGCCCCAUGCCUCUACCGUUCUUUACUCGAACCUCCAACCAGGGAACUGGAGAGGCAAGAGAUUUCUACGUGCCGAACCCUUCAUGUCGAGAGUUCCACAAGUUUGAGUGGAUAGGACAACUUAUGGGAGCCGCUCUCCGCGGGAAGGACUUUCUGGUACUGGCUCUGCCAGGGAUGGUAUGGAAACAGCUCACUGGAGAAGCAGUCAGCUGGAGCAAAGACUUCCCUGCAGUGGACUCUGUUUUGGUGAAGCAGUUGGAGGCCAUGGAGCACAUGGAUAAGGACACAUUUGACUUUAAAUUUGGGGAAGAGUUGGUCUACACCACGCUGCUGAGUGAUGGCAGCCUUGUAGACCUGAUCCCUGGAGGCAGUUCAGUAGUGGUACGCUAUGAAGACAGAAUGGAGUUUAUCCGCUUGGUCAAGAAAGCCAGACUGGAGGAGAGCCGAGAACAGAUUGCAGCCAUGCAGGCAGGGCUGAUGAAGGUGGUACCUCAGGCUGUGCUGGAUCUCCUGACCUGGCAGGAGGUGGAGAAGAAAGUGUGCGGAGACCCGGAGAUCACUGUGGAGGCUCUUAAACGCCUCACUCGCUACGAGGAUCUGGAGCAAACAGAUGUUCGAGUGCAAUACUUGUGGGAAGCCUUGAUGAACUUCACCAAUGAGGACCGCAGCAGGUUCCUCAGGUUCGUGACUGGUAGAAGUCGUCUUCCUGCUCCAAUCUACAUCUUCCCAGACAAACAAGGGUCUGAAACCACAGAUGCACUCCCACAGUCCUCUACUUGCUCCAGUACCCUUUAUCUGCCCAACUACCCAAGUGCUAAAGUGUGCGAGGAGAAGCUACGCUAUGCUGCAUACAACUGUGUGGCCAUUGACACGGAUAUGAGCCCUUGGGAAGAGUGACCUGUCCUCACCAUGUUUACAAGUUUUACACACCAGGGUUUUUGCAUCACUAGCUGUAGCCAUAACCAAGUAAAUGACCAUAUCCACAUAUUUGCCAAUCACGACUGUACAGAAUAAAAACACAUUAAAAAGGA